CCCACUAGAUGGCCAUUCGACGUAAAUUUCCGCCUUCGAGUAUGCAAGUACAGUUGUCACUCUACUUCAUCGAUCGAUGGGAGCGAUGUGAUUUUUCCAAACGUUUUACACGCAAUAUAUCCACGUAAUUAAAAAUGUUCACUCGGCAGUCGUUCAAAAUUAAGAAAUUUUUCGGUACAAAGUUAUGCGGUGUUGUAACAAGAAAUGUAGAAACUGCUGCGCAAUCGGAAACACCGCAGUUUAUGAAUUUCUACUAUUUUCCACAACAAAGAGAAAAGCAACCAGCAACAGAUCCUGUGUUAAUGAAUCUUCUAAUGGGAAAAGUAAAUACAGAAAUUAUAGAUAUGCUGGAACCGCAGACUAUCGAAAGAUUCAAAUAUUUCAAGGAUUGGUUAAGGCCGAUCGACAAUUAUAUUCUCAGCUGUAACAAUUCCGACAAGAAGCUCGAAAAGAGCGAAAUAUUAUCGUCUCUCAGAGAUCUCGGUGUAUUUCGAUCAUACGUUAGCGAAGACUAUCACGGUUUAAAUUUAUUAAAUACAGAGUCAUUGAAACUUAUGGAAACGGUAGGCUUGUUACCCUGGUUGGGUACGUAUUUAGUAAAGAAUCUAAUGUUACCUGUUAAAUUAAUUUCAAAAUAUGGAUCUGAAAGUCAAAAGCAAAAGUAUCUACCAAAGAUUAUGAGUGGUGAAAUUACUCCCACGAUAUGUUUAAAAGAAAAUGACAAUGGAACUAAUAUUAACCAUAUACAGACCAUUUGUAGACAACACGAUGCAAAUUCGGUAGUAUUAAAUGGAGAAAAAGUAUUUGUUUUCAAUGGAAUCGAGGCUAAUUUAUUUCUAGUUUUUGUGUUAAAUCAAAGAAAACAUACUAUAAAUCCAAACGAUAUAUCUCUCUAUUUGGUCGAACGCGAUUAUGGAGGGAUAAGUUGUAACGAAGCUUAUGAAAUGAUUGGAUACCAUGACAUACCUGUGUGUUCUGUCAAGUUUGAAAACACUUUGGUACCGAAAACAAAUAUUAUAGGCGAACCAAUGUCAACAAAGGCAUUCGAUAUUAUGAUGGAUCUGCUGAAGCCUGGAAAGCAGAAUAUAGCUGGUCAAUCGAUUGCCAUUUUAAGAAAUUUGAUCAAUCGUUUAGCAUCGGAUGUUUUGGAAAUGAAACAAUUAGACAGGGAUUUUUAUACGUUUCAUUCUGUACAAAAGAUCUUGGGUGAAGCAGUCUUCUCGUUAUACACUAUGGAGAGCAUGGCCUACCAAACCAGUCGAUUGGCAGAUUAUUACGAGGAUCAAAAUGUUGAACUCGAAGAAGUUGUGACAGAAAGUUAUUGUGCUAAUAAAUGUUUGGAUUCUGUGCAAUCGGCUUUACGACUAUUAGGUGCACAGGCUUACAUGAAGAACAAUGCUUACAUAGAUGCGUACCAUAAUGCCUUGGCUUUAACCACGCUCGAUCUAAAUCAUGUGGAUGCAGAUAUUUACAUAGGAUCGUCUAUUUUACAACAUUCAGGAAUAAUUAUGAGCGUCGAUAUAACCAAAGGCAGAAACGCGGCAUAUAAUCCCAUCUAUGUAAACAUGAAAAAGUAUAUAACUUUGUUUAACAGGAGACAACAGAUAGGCCAAUAUUUUCACCCAUCGUUGGAAUACAGUGUUAAAUAUCUACAAGACUCUAUAGAGACAGCGCAGUCGAAUAUAGAAAAUCUGUUGCUUAUGUAUGGAACACAACUUACGGAGAAACAUAUCGAACUUCAUCGGAUAAGCGUUAUGGGUACGGAACUGUAUGCAACGUUCGCCAAUUUAAUACGUUCGUCGAGGUCGUACAAAAUCGGCCUCGAAAAUUCAACUGUCGAGAAAGAUAUGGCAGGGUGUAUAGCAAAUAUCAUGAUGAACAAAAUAGAUAAAAUCGCGGAAGAAAUCCAAGACCAGGAAGUAUUAAACGGUGAUGUGUAUUACAAAAGUAUGGCCGAUUUACUAUAUACUAAACGAAGAUAUCCCAUGGAACAUCCUCUAUCUAGGACAUACUAAACAAUGAUGGUAUAUAUUAUAAAUAAUCAUGAUCAAAGAAUGCAUGUAAAUGUGUUUGUAUCGGAAAGUACCUAUAGAUUAUAUAUAGAUAUAGAUAUAGUAUAAAAUAAGAGUAAAUAUAUUUCUCCAUUAAGACUUCUGUAUUUAUGUAUGAAUGGUAAUGUACAAUUAUCCUUACACGCUACGAUGAAUUGGAAAAUAAAACAAUUCUUCUUGUGA